GGAGGCACAUCGAGGGAAAACAGUGGCAAAAAUAUCUCACGAUUAUAUUAUUAAAUUCUAGUUAUAGUCAUCGUGUUUCAUUGUUUUGUGUUCUAUUGCUCGAAAUCGUUAUAGCAAUUCGGUUAACAAUAACGUGCAACUACGGUUUAGAAUCAUAAGUUUCGUUCUUGACUUUCGGACGUGCGUAAAAAAUAAAGUUCGCUUCAAUGUCGCAGAUUUGUUCAUCAUCAUCGGCAAUCGUUUUUUGUGUCAUUGUUAUUAUUAUUAGAAAUAUUUAAACAAACGUGUUGAUAUUGAAUAAUUUCAAUGUCAACAGUAUGUUAAUUUUAACUGAUAAUUAUUACGAAUAAUUAAUUUUUAGCUAUUUUAACGUGAUUUAAAGUUGGAAAAAAAUGUUCUCGUCGUGAUUAGUUCGGGUAAAAUCGGCAAUUUUCGUUAGUUUCCGUUUGGCAAAAAAAAAAAGUAACUUCACCAACAGAUGUGUUAUUAAUUUUUUUUGUACACGUUUUAUUUCCUACAUUUUUUUUAUUCUAUUAAAUUGUUCAUUAUUAUUUCGUUAAACAUUUUUUUUGGAUAAUCGUCGAACGAGAAAACGUGCUGUCUUGUAGGAUAAUAUUGUUUUUAACGAGGCCAAAAUGAUGAUAUGAUUAAAAUUAAGUCAGAUGUCUUAUCAAAGUGAAUAAAUCUGAUAACUAUAUAUGGAUUAAAAGAAGUGCAAGCAAGAGGAAGGGUUCUUUGAAAGUCGUCCAGAAAAGGUUAUAUAGCCAUUGUUCUGACUUUAGGAUAUAACUUAUCGAGUACCGAGGAAUCAAACCCUAGGCAGUACUAAAAGGCAUCAAGAUGGCGGCUUUCGUGGCGAAGCAGAUGGUCGGAAACAAACUUAACGCCGUUAAAGGGGCGGUUGGUGGUGAAGGUGGUGGUGAUGAAGAUGAUAAGGAAAAGGAGGAGGAGGCCGAGAGAGAGAGGCAAGAGGCCAUCAGGGAAGCUGAGGAGAGACGAAAGGAGAAGCAUCGCAAAAUGGAAGAGGAACGGGAGAAGAUGCGACAAGAGAUCAGGGACAAGUAUAACAUAAAAAAGAAAGAAGAGGUCCAAGAAAUUCAACAGGAAGAACCUAACCCGCUAAUGCGCAAGAAGAAGACGCCAGAGGAAUUGGCGGCUGAAGCGGAAGCGGAAGACGAAGAUGAAUUUACGAAAUUUAAAAAUACGAUAGAGACGCAAGUGAAUGAGAUCAAGACACAAAUCGAAAGUAAAUGCAGCCUCCAAUGAGUUCAUCCAACGAUGCGGUCGAUUACGAUGGCGUCGUCAGUCAUCAAGAUCGCGUCCGUCUCACUGUCCCGCCGACAAGCAAAUGAAGGAAACAAAAAAAAUCUCUCUUAUAAAUAUUUAGAAUCGAUGAACGUAACUUGUAAAAGUAAAAGAAAAAAAGCGCAAAACACCUGCGGCUUUGCAUCAUCAUCAUCAUCAUCAUCAUCAUUUUUCGCUUGGAAUGUACACGCGGAAAUAAAAAGACCACUAGCAGUUUAGAAAAGAGAGAAAAAAAAAAAAAAAAACUACAAUAGAAAUCUCAAAAGCAUCAGUGUUCUUUGAGAUCCUCGUUGAAGUGAUUAAACCUCUAAGGUUCCACACGAGCUCGAAAUGAAGAGAAAAGAAAAAAAAAUAGAAAUAAAAGAAGAAAAAAAUAUCAAGAACAAGAAAAUAACUCGUGAUUAUCAAGAACUUAAAAGUUUCCCUUUAACGAGAAUCCCUCCCCUCAACGACAAGUUACCUUUCUAAUCAAUCCAUCGAAAAAAUAUUUCGUUCAUCGAUCUCUCAGCAUCAAGGUAUGUAAAACAAAAAAAAAAAACAGAGAAAGCAAAAAAAAAAUCUUGAAAGAGAAAAACAACCCGUGCCUUCGAACCGGAUGUCUCCUGCAAAUUGAAAAAUUCUCAAAAAUCUUGAUGCGAGGGAAAAGGGGAUAAAAAAAUAACUUUUGAAGAGAGGGACAGAAUUUCUAUAUGCACGGGGAAGGGGGAUAGGGUUUGAAAAAAAAAUCAAGGCGUCACGAGAGUGGCAAUUGGGAAGAAAAAGAAAAAAAAAAAAGAUUGUCGAGGGAAACAAAGGAUAUUUCCUCGAAACAAAGACUUUGCUACUGUAUGCUUAUAAAUUGCCGCAGGGAAAUAACGAGGAAAUGGCACAGAGGAGCGUCGUCGAGUCGAUGGGGCAAAAAAGUACCGAGAAAAAAAAAAAGACGAGAGAAACAAGUUAUAAAUUCGUAUAGAACAGGAAUUCAUUCGGGGGGACGGAGAUCACAACAAAAAAAAUAUAUAUAUACAAAUUAAACGAGGCUUAUUAAAAAGAAAAAAAAACGAAUAAAAAAACAAAAAAGAGAAAAAAAACAUUCAUUUGCGCCACGCUUUAUCAUCCCCUACUCCAUUACGAAAAAAAAGUAAAUCCAAAAAAAAAUUUUCAAAUAUUUAUUCAAUUUCACGGAUAUAUGACGACAAUAAAGAAAACAAAAAAAAAAAAAGAGUCUGCUUUCGCGUGGCGCAAAUGAAUCAUAAGAAAAUAUAUAUCUCUCUAGCUUGCCCUUAAUGAGAGAGAUUGAGUAGCUUUCGGCCUUGAAAAGCGAUUAGGAAUUUUUUCUCCUAAAAAUUGAGUGAACUAUAUAUAAAUAAAAUAUAGUGAGAGAGUGAAAAAAAAAUGCCCUAAGCGCUCGUGACUGUUCAAUCAGUCUCUGGUAUAGAGAAACUAUCGUCAAAUUGACGAACAAGUGUUGGAAAGUGGAGGAAAAAAAAAAAAAAAAAAGUAUCUACCAUGUAAGUUUUUAGUGAAAUUACGAAUAGCUGAACUUACGUUAGCAAAAGUUAUGUAGUUGCUAGACACACACGUGCGACGGCUGUUUCAAUAAUUAAUUACAAAAAAAAAAAAUAAAUAAAAAAAAAAAGGAAAAAAAAAUUAUUACUCUAGCGCAGGGUUAACGUAUUUGUAUUUAGGAGAGGUUUUCGUAAACGCCUGGAAUCUCGAGAGCUCUAGUCGAUGGAGAUGAAGGACAAAAAAGAAAAAAAUGACAAACUCUUUAAAUAAGGACGCGGUAGGUUUCUGCUCUCCAUCGGUUCGAUUUGCAACAAAAAAAAAAAAAAAAAAAAAAAAAAAAAAUGUGAAAAAAAACCACGUGCUCGAUCUUGUCGACGCACGGAGAAUAUUAAAUAAAAAUUAAAAAAAAAAAAAAGUUUGAAAAAAAACGCGAACGAAUCAAGGAAAACGAUGAAAAUUUCCUUGAAUCACAGUGAUAUCGUAUAUAAGGCCGUAGAUACUAGUUAAAAAGAAAAAAAAAAAAAAAAAAAAUCAAUUGUUGACGAUUUAUUAUUGAAAAUUUCUGGUGUGAAAUGCAGCACCGUUAGUUUGUUGUGUUUUGUGCGCAAACACCAUUUUAAACCCGUGGAUCAUGUAGAAUUUUUAAAAAAAAUUCAUUUCGAAUUUUCGGGGUUUUUUAUAAAUAUAGUGAUAUACUUAAUGUGUACAUAUUUGUCGUUAAAAAUAUUCUGAUUACAAUUUCCGGAUUUUGUUUUCCUAUCGGUCAAAAAUUCAAAACUGAAGAACAAAAAAAUUAUCCACCCCUUAAAAAAAAAAAAAAAUGAGAAAAAUAUUUUGCUUCUGAUAUAUUUUAAAAUUUAUAAAAUAUUUAUGAAAUUACUUUUUUAUAAAACUUUUUUUUUAUUUAAUUCAUUUUUUUUCGUUAAUUUCAAACAAAUUUGUGGUGAAUUUAAUUAAAAUAUUUUGUUGACUUUUUUGUUUAAUUUUAGUAAAAUUUAAAAAUUUUCGAAAAUUUUACUUGAGACAAAAACAAAUUCUGCUAGUCUAUUCAAAAUAUUGUUGGGCUAAAAAAAAAAAAUUUUGUAAAAAUAUUAACAAAAUGUUUUGUAUUGUCAAAAAGAAAAAGUUUUGUAGCAAAAUAUUUUUUUUCAUGAAAAUUGCAAAAAAAAAUUUUAGUAAAAUUUAUCAAUUAAUUAAAUUGAAUAAAAUCUAAUCAUUUAAUUCACUGAUUGAAUUAAUUUCAAUCAUUCACACUUUGGUUAUUUAAUUAUUCACUAAUAUUUAAUAAUUUGAUAAAAAAAAAAUUGUUUUACUCUUUUUUAAUUUAAAAAAAAAAAUUUAUCAAAAUAAAGAAAAAUCUUUCUUUAUUAUUUUAAUAAUUUUUAAAAGAGAAAAAAAAUUUCUUUCUAAUAAAAUAUUAUUUAUAAAUAAUGUUUUAAAAUAAGAAAUUUUUUUCAUAACUCUAUUAAAAAAUUAAAAAUAAUUUUUUUUUCUGAAAAAUCCAUUUUUUCUUAGAGAAAGGUAAACAAAUCCGGAAGUUGAAUAAAUUAUUCUCUUUUUCGCCGUGCGACGACGACGUCAAGGCCGUUACGUGGUACACGCACCGAAGUGUUUGUUGAAAUUUUUCAUAGUUUAACAGUUUUCCGAUGCGUGAACUAUGUCGGACGAUGGUCCAGAGCACCAACUUUCCGACAGGUGAUGCAUGCCUUAUAUAAUAUCUACAAUAUUAAAAAAAAAAAAAAAACCGUUUGAAUAUACCACACGUCGUAUUCGAAGGAAAAAAAAAACAAUCACCAGAAUCGAAACCUUGUAAAUUCAUUCAAAAUUUACCAAUUAAUAAUUUUGUUGCAGCAAUAAUAAUUUUUUUUUUUUAAACAUUAGGUGAAAAAUAAAAAAAAGUGUUAUAAUUAAAUUAUUUAUUAUAAUUUUUUUUUACAAAAAUUAUUUUUCUCGAAAAAAAUUAAUUCAGAGAAUGAUUAUUAUUGUUGUAACACAAGAGAAUGAGAAUUAGGAAUGGUAAAUUUUAGACGAAAAAGAAUCACCAUCGGUGAAGGUGGGGGAAAAAAAAAUCGAAUUACAAGGAAAAGCGAUUUUUGAAAGUUGCAAAAAAAAAAAAACCAGAAAUAAAAGCGACAUUAUUAAUUUGUGUGCGAAUAGAAGGAAAAAAAUCAUAAUAAAUGAGAGGGAGAAUGUGAGUGUAUGAACGAAAUUUUUUCAAAUGACUCAAAUGUAAAAUCCCGUUUUUGUAUAGUCGAAGGAGAAAGUGUAUUUUUUUUUUCCAAAAAUAUUUAUUUCGCAGACAUUUUUCAAAAGCACUGACUGCGACCCUCUCGAUUAUAAUCUAAUUGCUUCUCUCUAAAAUAAUUUUCCUAAUCUGCGCAAAAAAAAAAAAAUUCUUUUUCUCGGACCAUUCAUCCAAAUUCCGUGACGCGACCUAUUUUUCCCGCACAGAAUAGAACUUUUGUCAACUGCAUUUCAAUAAUAAUGAAAAAAAAAAAAAUAAUAAAGAAAACCUUUCUCUCAAAUCUUCAAUUCAGUUCAACCACAAUUCCCGUUUCAAAUUUGAGAUGAAAAAUAUUCUUCAAAUUUUAUCGUAUUUCAAUCAUUUGCAGUUGACAAAAUUUGUCUUAAAAAAAAACAAAAUUUUUUUCAAUUGUCCAUGUUUACAGACAAAUGCAUGGCAAAGUAUUUCUAAUAUUUUUCGUUGAAAAAAAAUUUAUUUCUAUGUGUGUGUAUGUGUGUGGAUAUAUUGGAAAUUACAAUUUAUAAACGAACUUUGAGUACAAGAAAUUUUAUAACAAAACUUGAAAUUAAAUUUUAGGACAAAUUUUUCUCUUCAGUGUUUCAAAAAAAAAAAAAAAAAAGCUUUCAAUGUGGUUGUAUGCAGUGUUGUAUUUUCAAAAACAACAAAAGAAAAAAAAAUCCAUUACACAAUUUUGUUUUUGUUGUAUACUUGGAAAAAGUUUCUUUAAACACUUUAUCCAUCACUAACACUCAAACUUAACAAAGCACGGAUAAAUCGCUACUCUUGUUUUAUCUCACUCUUUCUCUCUCAAAAACUAAAGAAAUAGUUUGUUAUCUUGGAACUUUUGAAUUACGAAUCGAUAUCUUAACUUUUUUUCUCAAAAAAAAAAAAAAUAAAAUAAAAAAAAGUUUCGAAAAUUCGUCCUGCCCGUUCUUUCUUUUAGUUGUUUGUUCAUGAAAAACAAACACAAAGUUUUUACGCAGAUCGCUACUUCCGUCUCUUUACCACGUCAACUUCUCUGAAGUUUUAAAGCCUCAUUCAACCAACUUUUUGGACUAAAAGAUUCAGUUUUCAAGUUCUUGGAAAAUAUUACUUCCUUCCGUCAUUAUCACGACUUGUCUUUGUUUUUAAUGUCCAAUUGUCACCGAGGCACAAUUGUAACCAUGAUAAAUGCAAACUUCAUUUAUUUACGAAAAAAGAAAAAAUUUGAGAAAUAAUUAAUUAAUUCUAAAAUUAAUAGAAUUUUUUUUCACAUGAAAUCAAAUUUUUUUCUUCUCUUUUUUUUUGUAAAUUUACAAAAAAUUUCAAACGUUUUAUAAUCGAAAUUGUUCUCUAAUUUCGAGGGAGAGAAUUUUUUUUUUCUCUUCACAUAUAAUUAAAAAUUUCCAAUUCUCUUCGAUUUUAUCUGUUGACGACUUUUCGAAAACUGUUUUUCUAUUUUUUUUUCUUUUUUUUGUUUCGAAUUGUUUUUCACUAAAACGAAUUCUCACUUUAGAAAACUUUUCAACAAGAAUAGCGAAUUUUCUGUUGCACUUAAAACUUUAACAUCAAAAAGCUUGAAAAGUCAAAGGAACAUAAUAAUAAAAUCAAGAGAGAAUGUUUCCGAAAUUAAGCAAAUAAAAUGGUGAAAGAAUAAAAAAAAGUGAAAGUUGGAAUAAACUAAAACUAUACAUGAACAGAAAUUUCCCAGAUUCCACAAAAACUAAUCAGACACUCGAAACAAAUUAAAAACAAUUUUAACUUUCGCCAAAUGAAAAUGUUUCAAACAAAUUAAAUUUCAAUGGAAAAUAAAAAAAAGAGAGGAAAAAAAAUUGAAAUUAACGCAAAAAUUAAAAAAACGAAUUUACAAUUUUAAACAAAAAUUUUUUCAAUAUUACAAAUUUUCCAAAAAAUGAAAAUUUUUUUUUUUUUAAAUUUAAAAACAAUUUGAAAAAAUUAAAGUAAAUUAAAAAAUAUAUCUGAAAAAAAAUUUUCUAUAAUAUAAAAAAUUGAUGGAAAUUUAAAAAUAAAAAAACAUGAAUUUUUCGUUUUAUAAAUCGUGAUACUCUGGGAAAAUUGCUGUACAUAAAGGGAAUCACUUUCCAAUCAACAGAUUCUCCUCUAAACUGUAACACACAAGGUGUUUUAAUCAAUCUGCUAGCCUCUCUCGUGUCUCGGUGUUGCAUGCCUGUCAAUGUGCUUGUCAAUGUCAAUGUUCUCAAUCGCUCAUCUCUUCGUUGAGCAGCUUCUCUCAAUGCAAUAAAAUUUUCGGGUCAGAAGAUCUCGAAAGUUAUCCGAUUGAUACGAAAAAAAAAAAUAAAAAAAACAAAAAAACAACCCGUCAGCCGCUCGCCAAAAGUAAUAAACAAACCUCAAAAAAAAAAAA